UUUCAUGCUCCCAAAAUGGGACACAAAGUGGUGGUGUUUGACAUUUCUGUCGUCAGAGCCUUGUGGGAAACACGUGUCAAGAAGCACAAAGCUCGGCAGAAGAAGGAGGCAGAAAGACUGGAGAAGAGUGCACUGGAAAGGAUAAAGGAGGAGUGGAACUUUGUGGCCGAAUGCAGAAGGAAAGGCAUCCCUCAAGCCCAGUACUGCAAAAAUGGCUUCAUAGACACUAGCGUACGGCUUCUGGAAAAGAUCGAGAGGAACACUCUUGCAAGGCAGAGUCCACUUCCUAAGGACAGAGGCAAGCGGAGCAGUCCAUUUGUGUUUGAACUUUCUGGGGAGCACUGGAAGGAGCUCCCAGAUUCAUUGAAGGAGCAGACGCACCUGAAAGAAUGGCACAUAAGCAAUACCCUGAUUCAAAGCAUUCCUACAUAUAUCGAGCUGUUUCAAGCAAUGAGAAUUCUGAAUCUGCCAAAAAACCAACUCUCAAGUCUUCCAGCUGAAAUCGGUUGUUUGAAGAACCUGAAAGAACUCAAUGUGAGUUUCAAUCAUCUGAAGAGCAUUCCUCCAGAACUGGGAGACUGUGAAAACCUAGAGAGACUGGAUUGUUCUGGAAAUCUCGAAUUAACUGAGCUGCCCUUUGAAUUAAGUAAUUUGAAGCAAGUUACAUUUGUAGAUAUCUCAGCAAACAAGUUUUCCAGUGUCCCGAUCUGUGUCCUGCGGAUGUCUAAUUUGCAGUGGUUGGAUAUCAGCAACAAUAGCCUGACUGACUUGCCACAAGAUAUAGACAGGCUAGAAGAACUGCAGAGCUUCCUCUUGUAUAAAAACAAGUUGACCUACCUUCCUUAUUCCAUGCUUAACCUAAAGAAGCUCACCUUGUUAGUCGUCAGCGGGGACCGUUUGGUGGAGCUUCCAACUGCCCUUUGUGACUCAUCCACACCUUUAAAAUUUGUAAGCCUUAUGGAUAAUCCUCUUGAUAACACCCAAUCUCAAGAUGGUGACGAGAUAAUGGAAAGUGAACAGGAUCGCCAACAUUUUGAUAAAGAAUUUAUGAAAGCCUAUAUUGAAGAUCUUAAAGAAAGAGAAUCUGUUCCAAGCUAUACCACCAAAGUGUCUUUUAGCCUUCAACUUUGAUGUCAUCCUUCAGAAGACUGCAAAAUCUCGCUCUCCUGUGGAGCUUUAGAUCUUUGUAUCAUGGGUCAUGUCAUAUAGGAAUAAUGGCUCAUGCUUAAGGACAAAGUCUAGAAACCACUAUCACUAGUUGUUAAGAGAAAUGAUUUUCAAAUUUCAAGUAUAUUAAUACCUCCUUUUAUGGACUGGAGAAUUGAUAAAUUGGUUUAUAGAUUGAUAUUUACAGGUUCAUUUUGCAUACAGUUGUUUCCAAAUAAUGUAUAUUUAAUAUUUUUUAAAUGUAUCACUUAAAAAAAUUAUAACAUAAAGAC